AUGACAGCCGAAGAAUUCGAUGCCAUUGCGGCAACGCUUGUGCAAUCUGCAAUGGAAGACGAUCAGGAUCAAAUAUGGUUUCAUUUCGAAGGACGAAUUCCACAGACCACAUUGACGUGCAUACAGGGUCUGCGCCAGCGGUACACCCACGCCAACCCAAAGCCCAAGCUCAGAGUAUCGGUGGAAAUUGAGAAACCCCGCAGGGAGGGUCUGCAAGAUCUGGUCUACGAGGCAGAUGUAGUGUUUUACUCGAGGGGCUGGGCCGAAGCCGAAGGACAUCCAUCCGCUAUGGCUUGUCUCGAAUCUCAGGUCAAAGUAAUUGCAGACGCCGACUCCACGAGACCGGAAAAAUACGACGACGAGUAUGAACGUACACUUAUUUGUACUUGGGGUGACAAAGGUGCCGCAGCGUUAAGAUAUACAUGCCAGCAAGGCAUACUCUUUGGUUUUAUGCAUCCUUGGUCAUUACAGCAAAAGCUGGCAUUUGCGAUCGAGCUUGCAGGUUGGAAGGUGGUGCAGGUAGGGUUUGCUGGACUCGGGAGGCGGAUGAGAAGCACAUUUCAGAACUGCAAAGCAUGA